CCAAACGUGGAGAGCCCACCACAUCAUCUCCUUUUCUGUGACUUACUUAAAGUGUCCUUAAAAUAAGUGCCUAGUUCCUGUAAAUAAAUCUAUAGAAUUUUGAUUUUAUUGCGACAGACACUUGAGAAAUAAAGCAACAAUUAUUUGCUCACAAGUUUCUAUGACAACGUAUGCAGGGAGCUUUGUUUUCAAAUCAACAGCAAUACUAGGAACGCGAGUGCAGUUUUUCCAGAAGUGUUAAUUAUAUUUCUGUUUUAUUUUAUUUCUGACGUGUGAGGUGGGGAGGAAGAUCUUAAUGGGCGCAUGAUUCAAGAUACAAAGCCACGUGUUCGUGUGAUCGCAUACAUCCGGCAGUCGUGUUUUAUCUUCUGUAGAACUGACCACACCAUACACCUCGAUAGAGCAGACUUGUUUAUCAAACGCUGUUCGAUGGCUGUGUCUACACUGAACAUGGCACCUUACUUCACAGGAUACCCUUUUCAAGGACAGGGGAGGGUGAACCAGCUGGGCGGCGUAUUCAUCAACGGGCGCCCUCUGCCGAACCAUAUCCGCCUCAAGAUCGUGGAGAUGGCAGCUGCCGGGGUUCGACCCUGCGUCAUCUCGCGACAACUGCGUGUGUCACACGGCUGUGUGUCCAAGAUACUGAACCGUUAUCAGGAGACUGGCAGCAUCCGCCCUGGGGUUAUAGGGGGUAGUAAGCCGAGAGUAGCAACCCCGGAGGUGGAGCAGCGUAUCGAGGACUACAAGAAGGCCAACCCGGGCAUCUUCAGCUGGGAGAUCCGCGACAGACUCAUCAAGGAUGGUAUCUGCGACAAAAACAGCGCACCAUCUGUGAGCUCCAUCAGCAGGUUGCUAAGAGGGGGUCGUAGAGACGAAAGUGACCCCAGGAAGAACCACUCCAUCGACGGCAUUCUUGGUCCAAGCAGUGGCGAUGAGUCCGACACGGAGUCCGAACCCGGGAUACCGCUUAAGAGGAAGCAGCGUCGCAGCCGCACCACGUUCUCUGGAGACCAGCUGGAGGAGCUGGAGCGGGCUUUCCAGAGGACACAGUACCCGGACGUUUACACCCGCGAGGAACUAGCCCAGAAAACGAAACUGACAGAAGCUCGAGUUCAGGUGUGGUUCAGCAACCGACGGGCUCGUCUGCGGAAACAACUGAACAGCCAGCAGCUGAACGCUUUCAAUUCCAUGUCUUUGCAGUCGGCGUUCCCUCCACAGUACGCCGUUCCGGACCCAACCGCCAAUUUCAACGCUCAGAGCCACACGACCUCCUGGGCACAACAGAGCGCCGCCGCAGCAGUUGCCGGUUACGCAGCGGCGGGGGCCCUCAGCACCUACAAUUCCGCGGCGGGCUAUCACCACCCAGUGUCGUCCAGUGCAACAAGCGACCCGGUGUCAGGAGCGGGCCCUACCGCCACCACGACCUCCUCCAAUCAGUUCCCUGGCUACCCGCACCACCACCCCCCGCCGCCCCCAGCGCCGCCCGGCGUCAUGCCCGGCCAGCACUGUGCGUCUCACCACCAGGCAUCAGCCUGGACGCGUCAUCACGCAGCUCAGUCUGUUGCCAAGGCUGUGGACGUCCCGACGCCAUGGACCGACAAUUACAGUUUGUUUGCUAGCGGUGCGUCGCACUACGGCGCUACCAACCUAACCCCACACUCGCCAUCCGAAGCGAAGUCUGGAUAUCCAUAUUUCGGUCAGCUGAGUGGCAUGGAAGCUGGUAUGGUGUGCGGUAGGGUCCACUGACAACACUUGUUCAUACAGCCCAGCGUCACGAAGGGAGGACUGCUGAAGUUUGUGUCUGGUUCUACAUAAACUUGCAAGUGGCUUAUGGUCUUAAAGCCUUUGCUUCAGUGAUUAAUCGUCUGGGUGAUACAAACAUGAUAUCUGGUAUAAGCAAUCAUUCUCCUACUUCAUAUUUUACGUGUGAUGUGAUAAGAAACUACUGCUGCCAUCUAUUGAUGAUUCAUGCUAAUUAUUUAUGCUUUUCAACAAAGAUAAUAAAUAAGUUUAAAUGGAAACAAAACACAAUAGAGAAAUUGUUGGAUAUGACGACUUUCUCAAAAAGGUGACCCACUGGCUUAUAUCGCAGUGUACGGGCAGUUCGGAGGAACUCAUCGCCCUCAUCUUCAGAGACGAAGUGUAAGCCAAGCAGGUAGCAGCUCCUCUGAAAUAUCGGCCUGUCUCUCAGCGACACGGCAUUAAAGGACCAUACUGUUUCACAACAGACUGAAUCUGUUUUGAUAAUAACUGAGUUUACAAAAUGGCCGCGCCAUAGCUUAAGUGGUUACUCUCUGCCUUC